AUGCCAUCACUCCCCACACCAGUAUUCCUCCCAGCAGUGGACCCGACAGCGGCAGCGCUCGUCCCCUCGCUCGCGCUCAUCGGCCCGCUCCUCGUCCCGGCCAGCCUCGUCGGCGCCGUCGUCCCGACGCUGCCCAAGACAGCGACGUACAUUGUCGACAUUUCGGCGCCCAACGACGUCGACCCCGUCCUCCUGCUCAACAAUGGCGCGAUCGCCCUCGUCGUCUCGCAGGCCCAGCUGGAGAACCUCUCGGCCGAGGGCAUCCCCUCUGACCGCCUGAUUGUCAAGCUCGGCGAGAGCGAGCUCGCGUCCGCGCCCCGGCUCGCCAAGGCCGCCGCCGGCCUGUACGUCACCGAGGCCACCAAGCCCGUCUCGGCCAAGUCGCUCGGCGUCAAGGCCCAGGUGUUUGUCGAGCUCAAGUCGACGUCGGCGUCGACCCUCGUCGAGGACAUCAAGGCCUCGCUGCCAACGACGAUUGUCGUCCCCACGUCGCUCCUGACCAACGGCGCGUCGACAGCCACCCACGUUUCCAUCGCCGAUGCGUUCCUCGCCCCCGUCAUCUCGGACCGCCCUGACGGCCUCUUCCCCACCAUUGUCUCCUCGUCAACCCACUCGUCGCGCCCCCUCGGCAUGGUCUACUCGUCCCGCGAGAGCGUAUCCGAGGCCAUUAAGACGCAGAAGGGCGUCUACCAGUCGCGCAAGCACGGUCUCUGGCGCAAGGGCGAGACGUCGGGCUCGGUCCAGGACCUCGUGGCUAUCGAGCUCGACUGCGACACGGACAGCUUGGUCUUCCAGGUCGUCCAGCACGGCACCGGCUUCUGCCACCUCGGCACUCCUACCUGCUUCGGCUCGUUCUCCGGCCUCGCCCGUCUCGAGGACACGCUCAAGUCGCGCCUUGAGAGCGCUCCCGAGGGAUCGUACACCAAGCGCUUGUUCACCGACGAGAAGCUCCUCCGCGCCAAGAUCCUCGAGGAGGCCGAGGAGCUGUGCGACGCCCAGACCAAGGAGGAGGUCGCUUUCGAGGCCGCAGACCUGUUCUACUUUGCCCUCGCCCGCGCCGUUAGCAAGGGCGUGAGCUUGAAGGACAUUGAGCUCGCGCUUGACGCCAAGGCGCUCAAGGUGACCCGCCGCAAGGGCGAUGCCAAGCCCAAGUACGAGGCCAAGGUUGCCGAGUCGUCGACCCCGGCUCCUGCUGCUGCCGCUGCCCCCGCCCCCGUUGCCCCUGCCGCCUCGGAGACCAUCCGCAUGAAGACGACCAAGCUCUCGACCCUCAACAAGGCCGAGCAGAAGAAGCUCCUUCUCCGCCCUGUGCUCAACUCGCUGGCCAUGAUCGACAAGGUCAAGCCUAUCGUCGAGCGUGUCCGCACCGAGGGUGACGCUGGCCUCAAGGCCAUGACCAAGCAGUUUGACAAGGCCGAGCUGUCGUCCAACAUUCAGCUUCCUCCCUUCGCUACCCCCUCGCUGGAGGAGCUUCCCCCCGUCGUCCGCGAGGCCAUCGACCAGGCGUACCUCAACGUCAAGACGUUCCACGCCGCCCAGGUCGACAAGGCGCCGCUCAAGGUCGAGACCAUGCCCGGUGUCGUCUGCUCGCGUUUCGCCCGCCCCAUCCAGCGUGUCGGUAUCUAUGUCCCCGGUGGCACUGCCAUUCUCCCCUCGACCGCCAUCAUGCUGGGUGUGCCUGCCCAGGUCGCUGGCUGCAAGGAGAUUGUCCUGGCCACGCCUCCCCGCGCCGACGGCUCCAUCUCGCCCGAGGUCCUGUAUGUUGCCCAGCUCACUGGCGUCACUGCCAUCCUCAAGGCUGGUGGUGCCCAGGCUGUCGCCGCCAUGGCGUACGGAACGGGAGAGGUGCCCAAGGUCGACAAGAUCUUUGGCCCCGGCAACCAGUGGGUCACUGCCGCCAAGAUGUACCUGCAGAACGACACAGACGCGCUCAUCGCCAUCGACAUGCCCGCUGGACCCUCCGAGGUGCUCGUCAUGGCCGACUCGACUGCCAACCCAGUGUUUGUCGCGUCCGACCUGCUGUCGCAGGCCGAGCACGGUGUCGACUCGCAGGUUGUGCUCGUCGCCAUCAACCUGACAGAGAAGCACCUUGCCGAGAUUGAGGCCGAGGUGGACAAGCAGGCCCGCGCGCUGCCCCGCGUGGAGAUUGCGCGCCAGGCGAUUGCCAAGUCGCUCAUCGUGCUCGUCGACACGCAGGCGGAGGGUAUCGCCUUCUCGAACGAGUACGCUCCCGAGCACCUGAUUCUCCACCUCGAGAACGCGCCUGCGGCCGUCGCGUCGAUCGACAACGCGGGCUCAGUGUUUGUUGGCGCCUUCACGCCCGAGUCGUGCGGCGACUAUGCGUCGGGCACCAACCACACGCUGCCGACCAACGGGUACGCGCGCCAGUUCUCGGGCGUCAACACGGCCUCGUUCCAAAAGUCGAUCACGAGCCAGGAGAUUACCCGCGAGGGAUUGUCAGUGCUCGGCCCGGUGGUCGUCACGCUCGCCGAGCGCGAGGGCCUGGACGCGCACGCCAACGCCGUGCGCGUGCGCCUUCAGGCGCUCCAGGCGUAA